CUCAAUCCAGCAUAAUUUGGGUUUUUUUAAGUAAACAAAUGUGCCGCGAAAUAGAUAACUCCAAAUCAGGUUGCAAGAUGAUGUUUGGAAAAACAUUAAUAACAAAUGUGGUCCCCAUGACUACUGGUCUCUUCUGUCAGCUGCCCUCCUCCUUGACUUUCCCCUCCUCUUAGACUCCAGAGCUUGCUUCAGUGCUCAGUUUCUCCUCAGUGGGGCAUUUCAAUUUUCACUAGAAAGUCUCAAUCGAUUCAAUUUGUGGAGAACUGAGAAAACCUCACCUCUGGCAUCUUGUGAGGUAUUUAUUACCACUGAUCUCUUUUAGCCCCCGCUAUAUUAUUGUUGGCAUUUAGUAUGAAAAGAAAGAAAAAAAGAAAAAACCAGGCAAAGCAGCAGAGACAUUCUGUUUGAACUUCCUCGGAGCUGCUACUGAAUAAGAUGGCUCUAAGAUGUCACACAUAACCGAUCGCUAAUUUAUAGUGGAAUCUCAGAUCCUCAGCAUUACUUCUAAAGUACUUCAGGAUGGAUAAAACCACUCCAGUACCCAACGUGUAUCCGUCUGUGGCAAACAGCAGUAAGUCACAGUUGGUGCAGUUUGAAUCGUGCCAGCCAUCUCUCCUUGCGUUCUUCUUGCUCAUCAUCGCCUAUGCUGUGGUCAUGCUGGUCGGACUCCUGGGCAACCUUUGCCUAAUUGUCAUCAUCAAGAAACAAAAACAAGGUCAAAAUGUGACUAACGUCUUGAUUGCCAACCUCUCCACAUCUGACAUUAUCAUCUGCGUCAUGUGCAUUCCUUUUACUAUGGCAUAUACAUGGAUGGAUUACUGGGUUUUUGGUGAGGCUAUGUGUAAAAUAACUGCUUUUGCGCAAAGUAUGUCUGUCUCCGUUUCUACAUUUUCACUUGUGUUAAUUGCAAUUGAGAGGCAUCAGUUAAUAGUGAACCCCCGGGGUUGGAAGCCCAAUGUUUCACAUGCCUUCUGGGGAAUUGUCUUCAUUUGGGCAUUUUCUCUAAUAAUAUCCACCCCUUUCCUGAUAUUCUAUCAAGUUUCUGAUGACCCCCUAAGAAAUCUCUCUUCCCACAGUGAGAGCUAUGUCAGCAAAAUGGUCUGCAUUGAGGUGUGGCCGUCCAUUGAAGGGCAGCUGGGCUUCACCACCACCAUGUUAGUUUUCCAGUACUUCCUUCCUCUAGGGUUCAUUUUCAUUUGUUACCUAAAAAUAUUUGUGUGCCUGCAGAAGCGGUAUAGUAAAGCGGAUAAGGUAAGGGAGUAUGGGAGCAGGCUAAAUGAAAAUAGAAGGAUUAAUGUUAUCUUAAUUUCAAUUGUUGUGACCUUUGGCGCCUGCUGGUUACCUCUGCACAUAUUUAACAUUGUGUUUGACUGGAAUUAUGAAACCUUGAUGCAUUGCCACCACAACGUGGUCUUUACCUUGUGCCACUUGAUAGCCAUGAUCUCAACAUGUGUCAAUCCCAUCUUUUAUGGAUUUCUCAACAAGAAUUUUCAGAAAGAUGUGGUUAUUAUGCUUCACAACCUUCGAUGCUUUGAAUCUCAAAAGUUAUAUGAGAACAUUGCCCUUUCAACUCUGAACACUGAUAUGUCCAAGGGAUCCCUGAAACUCAGCAGCAUGCCUGAAAACAUCUGAAGCAGACAACUUGCCAAUCAUUUCCAUAACUUUCCAUUGAUCUAUGUAUCGUGUUGCUGAAUUCCUCUUGUGGGCACGUGUGGUUUUGGGGUGAUGAAAUCAAAGGCCUAGUAUUGUUGUGCUAGAAGCAGACACAUCCUAACAGAUCUUCCAAAUAAAUAAAGCAAAAAUUAAGCAGAGCAGUUUUAACUCCAUUGCAAGAGUAUCCGUUGUUCAAGUGCUGAAAAACUGCUGUGCGAAAAUUAGUAUUCAGGAAAAAAUGCACCAGGUUGCUGGGAAAUGAUACAGCAUUCCUUGGGGUCCAUGCCAUGCCUCCCAUGAGCCUCUUGGACAGCCUCAAACAUUUUUUCCAGUGAACUAAUAGUUUGAGAGUCCUUGGUGCUCUCUGAAUUUCGUUGUUUUCUUGCAGAUGUUUCAUUACCCAGACUAUGUAACAUCAUCAGUGCCAACACUUUAAUGCCUAUACAGUCAUUAUAAAGAAGAGGCUCACCAUCAUUAUUAGACAUUGUUAGGUUAUGACUGAGAUCAGUCUUUUGUUUUCAGUCAUAUUAGUUUCCAAAUUUUGGUGUUUAUUUUAGAUGACAAGAUUUAGAAAACAAUGGGCUUGGGAUGGCAGGUGCUGAAAGAGGAAGCAGCAGCACAUACUGGCACCAUAAAUACCACCGGUAUACUGUAUAUUGUUUGUGCCAGUUCCCAUACUUGAAACUUAGUUUAACAAUUGCACACUGCUGUCUUGGAGUUAACUGCUGAAGAUAAAUGUACCAUUAUAUCUAUACAUAGAGAUGGAUCUUUGUAACUAGUAUUCUGGUUUUUACUAUGCAUGCUUUUCACCUUCACUUCUGCUAUGACAUUUUUCUUUAUGGAUGCAAAUUUACUUUUAAUUUUCUAACUUUCUCCUAGUCUGGCGAGGCUUUCAGUUAAAACAAAUUCCGGAACCUUCCAAGUUUGUUAGUUGGCACUGCAAUGCUGAAAUUUUGCCUGCAAUGAAUCCAAAGCUUUGCUAAUUUAGCUGUUGAUAAAAGACUGAUUUUUAACCUAGAAGAGUGAAUCUGUUUCCACCCUGCAGUUUGCCAGUUAAAAUAUUCUCAUAGGGGAAAAUGUUUUUCAGCACAUAUUCAUAGCUCUGACAUGACUUGAAAUGUAAGAAAUUCAUACUGCGAACAUUUAUACUGGAGCGUGCUUUAAAAACUGCUGCCUCCAACCUGGUGAUGUCUCAAUGUGUGAAUUAGAAUUCAUAGCCAGCACAAUUCAAGGCCACUAAGAAUUCUGGGAAGAUAUUUGGAGGAUAUGAUUGAGGUGAAAGCCAGUUGGUCUAGUGAUUAAGGCACCAGGUUGGAAACUAGGAGACCACAACUUCUAGUCCCACCUGAGGCUCAAAGCCAGAGGGGUGACAUUGGACCAGUCAAUAUCUCUCAGCCCUAGGAAGCCAGCAAGGGCAAACCACAUCUGAAAUCUUGCCAAGAAAAUUGCAUGGAGUUGUCCAGGUAACCCGCAGGAGUCAAUGCUGACUUGAAGAGACAUACACACAAACCCACACACAUGAAUUGAAUAGUCUGUUUUAGAAUUAUACAUCUGUUCGAUGCCAAACUACAUAGAGAGGUGCAUCCUUCCUUCCUUUCUUUUCUUUUCUUUUCUUUUCUUUUCUUUUCUUUUCUUUUCUUUUCUUUUCUUUUCUUUUUAGGUUAAACAUUGUAGAGGAGAGAAUUUGAUCAGAGUAGCAGCUCUUCAUGGUAGGAAAAGAUCCACUGGCAGCUGCAAAGGGGAUGAUUCGUAGUAGGGGAUAAUCCCAAGGCCACCCACACUCUCCCUUUCCAUACGUGCAAACUGGCUGGGAUGAUUUACACUGGCUAAUGAAAAAAACACUCAGCUAUGUUAGAGCACAUUAUCCUUCAGGAUUGAAGUUUGGGAACCUCAGUGUUAUUCUGAGCUUUAUUUUGCAAUAAACUUAAAAAUAUUUUUCGACAAUAUUUCAAUAUAUUCAUUGACCUGUGCUGUUACUUAUCUGCUAAUAUGAUUAACAAGGUUUUGUUUGUUCAUGUGUUUUAGACUUUACAGAGUUCAUUGCACAAAUGCUUGUUAUUUACAGUACAUUAAAAUAAUGUUAUCUUCAAAUGACA